CCUCGAUUUCCGAAUACGAAGUGUGACAUUCAUGUACGGAGAGUACUACUUAUCUUCUUCACAAAUGAUCUUGAGGUGAUGACUUGGACCAUUCCCGAACCCCUUGAAUAAUGAGACCGUGGCCAUGGCCUUGACAAAGCUCAAUACAAAUGCUGCGCGCAGUCUAGUACGUUCUCAACGACCAGGACUCACUCAAGGUCGGUCGCGUGUACAGCUAUACAAUUCCCGACGCCAUAUCCACAAUGCCUCUGCCCAUCAUUCUGCCCAUCAUCAAGCAUGGAAAAGGCCAUCUACGGCAAUAUUCGCUGUCGUGGCAUCUAUCGCUGUAGUAUACAGCGCUUCACAGCCCAACCAUGUCCAAGCCGAAGCCCCGGCACAGGAACCCCCAGAACUGGUGAUCGAAAAGUCAAAGAAGAAGAAGGGCGCAUCCAAAGAGGAAAUCCGAGACUUGAUAAGCUCGCAACAUUUACAAGUCAAGAAGAGUUGGGAGAACCCCGGAGUCUAUGCUUGGGGUUCAAAUACCGGCAAGGUCGUCGCACCAGACUCGGACGAAGCAUACGUCAAAAUUCCACGCAGGAUACCUUACUUCGAUGAUGUCCUAUUGCGGGACCUCAAACUGGAUCGGAACUUCGGUGCAGCUGUUCUUGAGAACGGAGAUCUCGUGCAGUGGGGUAAAGGAUACUCAGAGGAUACAGUCCAGCCCACAGUCACGCUGAAGGGCAAGAACCUCAGUUCUAUUGUGUUGUCAAGAGAUCGAAUUAUCGGACUCGGCAAGAAUGGCACGGUCUAUUCUGUUCCUGUCUCAAAACUAGACCAAGAGUCCGGGAAGAAAAUGAGUGAGAGCUCAUGGAUACCGUUCUGGUCGAGCACAUCCGACGUCGCGUACAGGAAAUUGGCGCCCAAAGGCCUCGGUGCACGUGAAAAGGUCACUGCCAUUUCCGGCGGCCUCGAGCAUGUCCUCUUGCUCACAAACUCCGGUCGUGUCUUUUCAGCCGCGUCUGGUACCGAAGACUUUCCUAAUCGUGGUCAGCUUGGGGUGCCGGGGGUGACUUGGCUCACACGACCCGAAGGCCCUUAUGAUAUGUGCCACGAGUUAACGACGCUCAAGGGCUUUGAUAUCGCAAAGAUGGCCUCGGGUGACACGCACUCACUUGUCCUUGACAAAGAAGGCCGUGUCUUUGCGUUUGGUGACAAUUCUUCUGGACAAUUGGGCUUCGACUACAACGCGGAGGCCCCUUAUGUCGACACCCCCUCCCUCUUACCAAUCUCCAAGUACUACCAAGGCACGAAUCAAGUCCCAAAAGUGACGUCCAUCUCGGCAGGUGGACAGAACAGCUUCUUCACCGUCGACGCAACCCGUGUGGUCGGCCCGUCCGAGGAGCCUAGUGAAAUCCGCACACUGGGCCGCGUCACAAGCGACACAUGGUCUUGUGGCACGGGCAUCAGAGGCGCACUGGGCAAUGGCCGAUGGACGCACAUUCAAGACGGGUUGACCAAGAUACCCGCGCUGAGUGGCCUCUUUGAAUACGAUGAACGUAAAAAGUCCGUGAUCCCUAUUCGGAUGGCUCAGAUAAGUGUAGGAGCGACGCAUGUCUCGGCGGUCAUGGACAACGUGACGUACCUCGACGCCAGUGAGAAAAGCAGCGAGAACGACACGAACUGGGGCGCCGACGUGCUGUGGUGGGGUGGCAACGAGUUCUACCAACUCGGCACGGGCAAGAGGAACAACGUCCCCAACCCGAUGUACAUCAAGCCACUAGACGCCGCCGCAGAGGCUGAAGCCGGGCGCAAGGAAGAGCACCGGUUUCAUCUCACGCCGAAACAUACUGUCAAGGUCAAGGGGCGAAAAGUACAACUGGAACAGCGUGUUGAAUGUGGGAGGAAUGUUACCGCCGUUUACAGCGGUGUAUGAGUUGACGGCGGACCGACAGCAUUUCUGUUCUCGCCGUGCAUGUUAGUCUUAAGUUUCAGCAGGCAAGCCACCUCGUUCAGGAGGUGUUGUGACUUUUUUUAUGUUACUGCAAAGCAUUCUGUCCUGGAACUUUUCUUGACUUGACAUUGGAAGCCACAUUGCAGCGUAAUAUCAACAGGUCAAUGCUCUUCGCUUCCCUGUACUAUAUACCAAUAUGAAUUCUUCCUUCACGCGUCGACGUAUUUGGAUUUCAUUUCUCCCCGAGGCUGUGAUUUUCAAAG